AUGACACCGGUUCCCAUCACCUCAGCACUCACCAUGCCACCUAUCAAUUUGCCUUUGCGCAAAUUGGCUCCUCACAGAAAAUAUGCCAAAAAGUUCUUGACUCUGCCCGACGAACUCCUUGUCAAGAUUUCUAACGAAGUCGCGCCUGAAGACCUGCCAAACUUUCGCCUUAGUUGCAAGACCUUGGCCAACAUCGCUGCAAAGCACUUUGGUGAGAAACGACUCGCUCAUCGCCGCUUCAUGUUCACCGAGUACAGUUUGAAGGGACUGAUUGACAUGACUGCUCACCCUAUCAUCGGACCAUGCAUCAGAAGCAUUUUACUCGGCACUGUUUACUUGACCGACGAAUUGACAGUUCUGAUCGACGCUCUGGAGUCUCAAAAGAUCACCGAAGACGCUGAAGCGAUGCAAUUUGGCGGUCUGCCUUUCACAAGGUUUGUAACAAUGAACCAGCCCUCUCUCCUCCGAGCGAUCCGAAAAGCCUGCCGGAGAGCCAACCUCCGCCCAGAACUCUUUGAGUUCGACCUGCUUGGUCAAGAGAGAGCUGAUGGAAUGAAGACUGUGCUGUCGGAUCUGCUGCUGACCGAUGGACAAUCUCAGCUCCAAGCCAGGCUUGAUGUUUGUAUCAGAGAAGGAUACAUGGAUAUCUGCAUCUUGCCCAGCCGCAAUCGACUCGAGUUCAAACAGAGACCGGUGCGCAACCAGAUGUUGAGUAUACCCGAGUGUGUCCGCUUCGACCUGCUUUCGUUGGGGCGACCGAUGUGUGAUGCGAUCGCCUCUUCGUCUUUGACUCAUUUACGCAUGGAGUCUUGCUCCAUGUGGUCAGGCAGUUUCGUCGGCGUCCUCAAAUCUCUCGCGUGGGCUCUGCAGGUGGUGGAACUGAUCGAUGUUGCCUUCUGGGGCGACCAAUGCAACAUCAGCAAUCUGGAUCCGAUACUUCAAUGUUUCAAGAACGAUCUUCGCCUUCACACUUUGAUUCUGGACAAUGUGAGAGCUAUGAACAAGGACUACAGUGACGAUACGGGCAUCCUUUUCGCCAAGGGAAGAUACUGGCAUGGGCCUCAGCAGAUCCAUGCAGGACUCGACGUUCUCACUGGCUUCGAUGGCAACGGCUGGGACGGUGACGAUAUGGACGACUGGUUUGAGAAAGGCAUCAGAUGCAUUGAGGAAAGAGCCAGCAGCGAGUAUUACUACCAAAACUAUAUUCCAGAUGGGAGUCGCGAAGGCUACUUGGCAUACAAAGCUUAG